CAUACGCCUAUUUUAUCUUUUGCCGUUGUUGUUUUAAGGUCAACAAUCAAACAGGGUAUUAUGAACAUAUUUUUAUGCUAUUCAUUUUUAAUGUGAAUCUGUACGUUGUUUUUAUUUAUCCGCAUUUGAAGAAAUUGUGUUUUGCAUUUUGUUGCACGUGUGGAAGGAUUAUAGGGAACCACGAGCCGGGUUCACGUGGAAUGAUACAUUUUCAGAAGGAGGGUCUUGAGCUUACACAUGACCCCACCCCCUGCCCGCUUGUGUUGUUCAUAUUGACCUUCUUAUGUUAUUUAUUUUUUUAUUUGAAAAAAUAGAAUAGUUUAGUAUUAUUUGGAGGAUGUAAUUGAGCGUAUAGCGAUCCGUCCCAAUUCAUAGACCUACCUGUAGUUUCCAUCAGUUACUCAGCACCAGACUACUUUAUGGUCGCUGCUAUGGUUCUGUGCGUGUGUGCGUGUGCGUGUGUGUGUGUGUGUGUGUGUGUGUGUGUGUGUGUGUGUGUGUGUGUGUGUGCGUGUGUGUGUGUGUGUGUGUGUGUGUGUGUGUGUGUGUGUGUGUGUGUGUGUGUGUGUGUGUGUGUGUGCGCGCGCGUGCAUGAGUGUGUGCGUAGGCGUUCGUGUUAUUUUUUUGGUUUCUUGCAGGAGUUUUUAUUUUUCUCUAAGAAUGUAAAAUCAAUCAAUCAUGCAAUAAGGGUGGGAAGCGUUACACAUGAACAAUUUCUUUUAUUGAACAGAGAGAAAUAAAUAUCCUCUUUUUUAUUUCAAACAUUCCAUGCUGCUCCAGUUUGAAUAAAUAAAUAAAUGAAUUAAGAAAUAUAUAUAGAUUAUCUUCAGUCUUAAUGUGAUACGUUGCAAACGUUUACUUAAAUGGCCGACAGUGUAAAACAUCGAAAUAAAAAAAAUAAAAAAAUAUAGAGAACCCAAAAGUAGCUCAUAACAAGGUUUAGGUAUUGAUGGUUUUGAUGGUGAGGUUUAGCAUCCAAAGCUAAAACAGCACGACAAUUGAAAUGGUAUCCUUCAAAUAAGGACACGAAUGUACACGUGUUUACCAAGAAAACAUUUUUUUAUUUGGUUGAAAUGAAAUAACAAAAUGAGGGUUUACAUCCACAGAAAAGGCUGGCAAUGUUAUAGGCCUAUUCUUAAGCCCCUGAAAACGCUCACGUAGCAUUCACUCAGGAUUCUUAACUGCGUGGGCAGUGUCACAACGCUUCGCAGGAACUUCUUGAAUAUCUGCAAGAAUAAGAGAAGCAUCAUGAGAAAUUGCACAAAAAAUAAGAAAUUUCGAGAUCCCUUUAAGAAAAGCCUGACGCGCUACAAAGACCACACUCAAAUACUAUGACCCUUUAUUUCAUUAUUUGGUCAAUUCCAACGUAAAUGCAGAAAACUGCAUUUCAUUUGAAAUUUCAUCAAGACUCUUCCAGCAAAGUUAUCAGAAGCGAACCACCAUUCAAAGUGAACAUAUUUUAGGCCAAUGCUAAUGCAAUAAAUUAUAGGCGACAUAAGCAAUGGGCGACUGUAGUCCUACAUCAUUUCUCAAAUGUAGCGAACCAGCCUGUGUCAGAACAUUUAUUUUCGUUUAGAAUUGUCAUUCUGUUGUGGUGCUGCUAAAUUACGCAGCUAAUUAUUUCCAAAUGGCGUAGGCUCGCUUCUUUCGUCCUUUACUCGGGCCUUUGGAAUUAUGUGGAUGUUUGAAUUAUGUUUUAACGUGUUGUUACAUAAUCCACUCAGACUUGCUCAUCAUUUGAUGUAGCAACUGUUCCUCCAUUGUAAAUGAUUGAUAUUGGAGGGCAUGAACAUUACUGCCCCCAACAUAUGGUUAGCAGGGGAACCUAGAACAAUUGAACCAUGGUGUGCCUGUGAAAAGAGAUGAUGUAUAUGACCAAAUCUGGAUCCAGCUUGCACUCACACGCGGUUAAGCACUCCAAUACAACACAACAGCGACGUCUAACACAUAUGUUACAAGCACAAAUACAAUUAUAUCCAUUUUUUUUCUUUAUUUGAUAAAAUUCCCCAUUCACUUAUUAUUGUCCAAGACGCUGUUUGGAAAACUGUGUAGGCCGACCAUGUAUCCACAGAAUGCCUCCACCCACUCCCUCUCCCUGCACACAAAGGCUUAUAUUCCCACCGCUGCUUUAUCUCAACCCAAAGAUAAAGCAACAGCAGCCCUAAAGUCACCAUCAUUGGAGUAAACCUAAAAUAAAAAAGAACGAAUAGCAACGAAUUCCCUGAAUACAUUGACAAUGGAAAGCACCGUUUCUGCUCCACCUACCGUGCGCGCAUUGUGGCUCGUCACAAGGUAAUCCUUGUGCCAGGUUGUUCGAUUAUUUUUAUAAACAUAUUUAAAGAUGUCCCUCCAGCUAUACGCCGCCUAUUACUGAGAACAGAGACUGGUUCCAAUCUGAGUGACCAGUGUUUCUCGCUACUUCCUGGCUGCAUUUGAUCCGAGAGAGAGUUAGAAGCCUUAAAUGUGUUCUGAGGGCACCGAGCUGUCAGACCUUUUGGCGAGUAAGAUUGAUCGCGUGCAGGCUUCCAGGACUCUUUGUUUGGUAUAUAAGCAAUAAACAGAACGAGCCCUACCUCUUCUCUUCUUUCCCCUUUCCCACUCACUAUUUCAGUUUUUGGGAGAAAAAAGACUUGAUGAAAAAACAUCCUAAAAUGUGGCUUUCCCAGAGUAUUCAGUGGCAGCCAUUACACCGCGUAAACACGGCGGGUUGGACUUAUAGGUAAAGACAUUCUCCAUCAGCUUUACAUCUUAUUGAAGUAAAAAACUGUUUCAAAAUUGUUGUUUCAGGUCCAAAUAACAAAUAUACCUCAGAACGAUAUGAUUCGUACCUAUUGCUAGUGCAUCCAACACCUUUGCCUGAUCUAUUCUGGGUCAGAGCAGUCAAUUGUCAUUUAAAGAAGCCUAGAUGCGACUGCAGAUGUAUAAUAAUAAGAGAAAAUGGUAGCGGACUUCCAUUUGUGUUAUUGUGUCAUUUUGGGUUAUUUACACUGCACAUUGUGUUAUUAAUUCAUGUAUUACUACAUGCAGUAUUCUUACAGUAUUUGGUUGUAUUUUCACACAAAUGUGCUGCUUGAAUGAUACACCCUUUAUGGUGGGUGAUUUGCUACAGACAAUAUCAGUAGCUAGCAUAUUUCACGUAUUGCUGCUAGAUAUUUGGAUGAAAGGUUAUUGACCUUUCUUAUAGUCAAUGGAUCUAUCGGGACCAAAUCACAUCUCACAUUUCAGUCUUAAGAGAGAAAUAUGUAAUUCAGUGUGUAGGCCUAAGCUAUGCAGUUUGUAUGACCUAUAUUUAGGCACAGGACCUCAGAUGAAUAGUGAGAUUUACUAUGGGCACUUUAACACUGAGUCAGAGAUUCUUACUGUACGUUUGUUGGUAGAUUAUUUCAUGGCUUUCAGUUUGACUUGCCUGUAUGAAUAGCUAGAUUGGCUAAUGACCGCAGGCUUAGCAUGAGGCAAAGCUACUGGUGUGAUUUGUGUGUGGUGGGGGCGUUCUCGACUGACAUUCUCUAACAAUAAGAGAAAGAGGAGUGCACGAGCCCGCGCACCCCGCAAGCUACUUCCCAGUAAUACCGAGCGUCAGCCAUUCUUAAAACAUUUGGUAGAUUAGUGGAGUGGACUGGGGAAGCGAGAGGAGGAUAAACUAACCGGACAAAGAUGUAAAUAAAAACAGUCGUCCCCACAGAGCGAGGCGGUCUUCACCAGAGUGUUUUUGGAUCAAUCAGGCAGACAGUGGCUUCUUUUGAUUAAACACUAAAUUGUCAUUGGGCAGAAGUAAUCAUGUGACAGGCAAUUCGGUCCAAUUUCAACCUUGUCUCCAUGAAUUCAAUAGUUUAGUAGUAGCUCGGUCCCCACACGGCCGUAAUCAUUGAAAUAGGAAAAAAGGACACGAGGAGAUUUUUUUAAAUGUUUUUUUCUCUCUCUUUCUCACUGAGCCGCCACAUUUAUAAAAAUACUCGUGCAAACUUUCCUCGGCUCUCAGGGAGUGGAGAUGAAUUACGAAUACGAGCGAGAGAGCGGUUUUAUCAAUAGUCAGCCGUCGCUUGCUGAGUGCCUGACAUCUUUCCCCCCUGUCGGUGAUUCAUUUCAAAGUUCAUCAAUCAAGAGCUCGACGCUUUCACGCCCGACACUUAUUCCUCCUCCUUUUGAGCAGACCAUUCCCAGCCUCAACCCGGGCAGCCAUCCGCGGCACAGCCGGCCUAGGCAUAGCCCCGAUGGAUGCAGUCCACUGCCCACAGCCUCCUUACCCCCGGAGUACCCAUGGAUGCGGGAGAAGAAAGCCUCGAAGAAGAACCACAUGCCAACUUCCACCGCCACCACAAUCUCGAAUGGACCUAUGUGCUUCUCUCCAAAAGGCUCGCCUGAGAUUCUGGAGAGUGGUGGUGGCGGAGGAGGGGGCUCCCGACGACUGAGGACAGCCUAUACUAACACACAGCUGCUGGAGCUCGAGAAGGAAUUCCACUUCAACAAGUAUCUCUGCAGACCGAGGAGAGUCGAGAUAGCUGCCCUACUGGACCUCACCGAGAGGCAGGUGAAAGUGUGGUUCCAGAACCGACGCAUGAAGCACAAGCGUCAGAACCACAGCAAAGAGAACCACAACGAAGAGGGGAAAGCGCCCGGCUCCGAGGACGGCAUCCACAGCGAUGAGGACGACGAGGGAUCAAUGUACGAGAAGAGUUGCAACCCUGGGAACGGGGCCCUGCUGGAGAGAGAUACCUGCUCCUUUCAGCUCAACCCGCUCGGUUCAACGCAGCAGCUCCAGAAUGUAGGCCCGCACAAUAGCGAGGUUGCGGGCUUUACAGUUUCACCACUGAACAGCAAUGACAAAAAUCUGAAACAUUUCUCCAACCCGUCUCCCACUGUUCCAGGCUGCAUGUCAACAAUAGGCCCCGGCUCUGCAUCUUGCCCGGACAAUGGUGACUGUCCCACAAGCCUGGAUCUUUCUAUACACGAUUUCCAAGCAUUCUCUUCGGAUUCUUGCCUUCAGCUCUCCGAUGCAGCCUCGCCAGACUUGUCAGAAUCACUGGACAGUCCAGUGGACAUAUCUACGGACAGCUUUUAUUUUUUCUCGGAGUCCCUUACUACGAUCGACUUGCAGCAUCUAAACUAUUAAGUGAAUUCAAUCAAAAACUUGUUUCUUCAGGGACGGUGCAGCCAGGCAGUGAUGGUAUUAACUGUAAUGUUAGUUCUGUUUCUGUAUAUCCGGGAUAGUUAUUAAUUAUAUAAAACAAGGAGAUUAAACCAAGGUAAGGAAGAAAGUUUAUAAUUUAACAUUAAAAACAAGAACCGUUCAUAUAGUUACCAUUACAAAUUGUUCUCCUUAAGUGUAUGGGAAAUAUAUGAAAAUAAUAGGCAAAUGGAACCUGGUAACUUUUAUUUUUGUAUAGCUCCAAUGUCUUCGAUAUUUUUUUUAGAAUACAAUUAACUUACUACAAAUUCCUGUUCGUGUGUCUCUUUUUUCUUGUGCACUUAUACUUGUUCUGUUUAAGGAUCUUUUUAAAAAGUUGUAAUAUGUUAAUGUGAUUGACUAGCACCCAAUGACCUCAUGCAAAAUGGCUAUACAGCAAUACAGAGAUAAUUAUUUACGGCUUACGGUUUAACGAUUAAAACAUAGUAGGCUAUAAUUUGCUUGUAUGCUUUUGUAUAUGCUUGGUCAUUACAAAUAUACAUUUUAAUAUAAUUUUCAAAAACCAAGAAAAUACUGUGUAGUUCGAACAGACCUUUCUAGAAAACUACUUUGAAAAUUUGAAAACUUUUACUUGCCAAUUAUAAAGAGGCCUAAUCUUAUCCUCUAAAUUGAAUUAACAAAUGAAUGUGGUAUAUAUCUGUUGAAUUAAAUUGAUUGCACUGGUGUUUAAAUCCAACACCAACAUGCUGUACUAUGUUACCAAGAAAGGCCUAUAGCAUUCUUAGGGCUAUAAACAAAAUAAACACUAUUGGCCCAGCAAACCCACAGCAACUAUUUUCAAAGCAUUUAUUUAAAACAUCCAAACUCUGUCGAGUAGGCUAUAACAAGUAAGUAGGCUAUAACCACUUAGCUAGCAAGAAAGAUGGUGCACAACUCCUUAGCACUGGGUGCACGCGCCGGCGAACACAGCGCGGGUGUUUGCCUUCGCGAGCUCAUAAAUCAAGCCGUGGCAUGAAUGAGACGGACAGAGAGCAAUUGUGACGCAAUGUGCACAAAUAAAAACCCUCUUACAUUUUCAUAUGCUUCUCCCAUAGCCACGAGAAAAAGGAAGAGAGGCUUGGCGUACGUUUGGCAAUUAUUCAUUUUUAUAGCUUGUUUAAACACGCAUCGCGCGGCGAGAGUAGUGGUAGCAGUAGCGGCCCACCCAAGCUAAGACUGCAUCCCUCCUCAGUUGUUAAU